ACCUGCAAUUUUGCGAUGAAUUAAAAUGAAUGAUAUAUUAACAACAAAUACUAUAUUGUAUCUCUUGUUUAAGCCGUUUUGUAGAAAUUAGUUCGAGCAAUAAGGACUCAUUUAAUGUUUGUAAAGAUUUAGGCGUCGUUUUAAGAGUUUUCUGGCCACCUCCGUUCCUGCGCCGCAUAGUCCAUAGACCCACUUAAGCCUAUCUGAGCUUCACGCAACGGCGAUGAGUGUUGGUGAUGUACAGAACCGAUCAAACCAGACUAAUAUUGUAGCUUUUUAACCUUAUGAACAAGUAGAUGAAGCCUGGAUAAUUUGACGAUCUCACAUGUAGCUUAAAAGACGUGCAUCUGCAACAAAACACACCAUGCCAAAGAGAAGGCGCCAGCUGAAGAGCACGAGCUCGGAGGGGUCUCGCUCGGAUGAGAGUGAGAUGGAGCCGCCCCAUGUUGUGACGCGGGGCCAAUCGCGCAAGUCUUCAGUCACCAGCAUGACUGGCCCUGCCGUUAAAGCUGGUACCCCUGCCCCUGCUGUUUCAUCAGGUGGCGCCGCUGCUACUAGUAAUGGUGCUGUGCCUGUGACGCCUGUCACACCUCCCCAGACCCCUUCCAAGGAGCCCUCCGAAGCAGGGGAAGUACCGAACAAGCGGCUGCGACAGGUGCGGUCGCGCCUGUCCUCAGAGCCUCUGUGCAGCGUAUGCUCCCAGGCACUGCUCGAGAGCCGUCGCAGCCCGCCCGCGCAGCUAAUAUCCUGCUCCCAGUGCGAGACGUGCGCUCACCCCUUCUGCCUUGGCCUCUCAGAUCAAGCGGCUAAAGUGGUCACAACCUACGACUGGAAGUGCCACCGGUGCCGAGUAUGCGAGACAUGCCACCAGCCAGAAUCACCCAGUGCCCUUUUCGUGCUGUGCAAGAAUUGUGAUCGGUGCUUCCAUCAGAACUGCCUCCCUUCUCAAGCACUCAGCAGGUCCUGUUUAGAAAAGUGUGGGCGUUGCACUGAAACCAACACUGAGGUGCCAGCAACCAAUGGUGCAACAACACAGGUUUCGGAGGAAGAAAGGGACGGCAUCAGCAGCUCACCGCCAUCCACACCCAAGCGGCCGAGGAUGACAAGGCACACAUAUCGUGGCAACCCCCAAAAUCAGAACCAGUGCCAGAAUGAACCAAUGCACCAGGAAGUAGUGGCCCCGUGCACACCUCAGAAGACCUCUAGUCCACGUAGCCCCGUGAUCAAGGCACCUGAGGCCAACAGCGAUGGUGAUGUGACACCCCCAAAGCGUGGUCGACCAAAGGGCAAAACGGGCAGCAAGGACUCCGCUGCCGAGCUGUCACCAGUCGCCAGCCCCGAAGGCAGCCCACGGCGCCGCGCUGCCAAAGGCCGCCUGCCGGCCAAGAAUGGUCGUGGGGGUGCGCGCAGCAUCCUUCGUGAGAUGCCUGCUGCUAACGGCCAGUCCCCACGGGAAGGAGAUGAGCCUCACUGUACUGUGGCUGGUUGCGACUCCAAGGGCCAUCUGAGUGGCAGGUUUCCAUCGCAUGCCACAAUUGAGUGCUGUCCACUGUAUCACAACACCACGGCAGCUGACUGUGAGGAGCAGUACAAGGCACGAACUAAGAAGAAGGUGGAACGACAGCAGCAGAUUAACCGGCAGAUCAACCUCAAAAAGCCCGUGCAGACUCCUGAGCAGAAGGAAUGCUACCAAAAAAUGUUGGACCAGAGGAGAGAGAAGCUAUCCCCAAGAACGCGGUCCAAAGGCAUGCUCGAUUCCGACCGUGAACCAGACCUGAGCAGCCUGGCUCCCGUGUACGACCUGGAGAUGUUUCGGGAAGCCCAAGCCAAAGCAGCAGAGGAAAUGGAGCAUCAGCGAGUGACAUCUCUGGUGUCAUCCCCUCCCUCGCGUUCAUCCACUGGUGGUCACAGUGGGAACCAUAGGCACCACAACCACCACCACCAGCAGCAGGGCAUUCGGGUGCUGGAGAUGGGCCGGUAUGAGAUGGACGUCUGGUACAGCUCCCCUUAUCCGGAGGAGUACCAGGCGCUACCCAAAUUGUACCUGUGCCAGUUCUGCCUCAAGUACAUGGGCAGCCCUACCAUCCUGCGACGGCACACUGCGAAAUGUGUGUGGCGGCACCCACCAGGUGAUGAAAUCUACCGCAAGGGCAACAUUUCUUUUUUUGAGGUGGAUGGUGUCAAGAACAAGGCUUACUGUCAGAACCUGUGCCUGCUUGCCAAGCUCUUUCUCGACCACAAGACCCUCUACUUUGAUGUUGAGCCUUUCCUUUUUUAUGUGAUGACCGAUGCCGAUGCUGAAGGAUGUCACAUCGUUGGAUACUUCUCCAAGGAGAAGAACUCGUUCCUCAACUACAAUGUGUCCUGCAUCCUGACAUUGCCACCAUAUCAACGACAAGGUUAUGGAAGGAUGCUCAUCGACUUCAGCUACCUGCUCAGUAAAGUGGAAGGCAAGGUGGGCUCCCCAGAAAAGCCUCUGUCGGACCUGGGGUUGAUCUCAUACCGGAGUUACUGGAAGAGUGUUGUCCUCGACUACCUCCGACGCUUUCAGGGCAAAGAGAUUUCGAUCAAGGACCUGAGCCAGGAAACAGCUGUAAGUGCAUACGACAUUGUCAGCACGUUGCAGUCCUUGGGGAUGCUAAAGUACUGGAAAGGAAAGCACCUCGUGCUUAGAAAUUACGUUAACACUGAGACACCCGAGAGUUCCUCCAAAGUCAAAAAGGUUCGGCACGACCGCACCUUGGACCCCGAGUGCCUCCGGUGGAAGCCAUACACUAUGCCCAAUCGAUAGUGCUUUGCCAACCAGUACCAAGCAUAGGCCAAAAGCAAGAACACAAAAGCAAGCCAGCCAAGCUGGAUGGCAUGCACUGGUGUGUGGACGGAAAGCAGCACAAGGCGGAGGAUAUGGCAAGGAAAAUCGAAGCAGGGAUGCGGUGGUAGCUCACCACACAAGCUACCUGCCUGCUCAGGCUGCGACUGUCACUGUUGCAUGUGUAACUGUGUCUUUGGGACAUUCGGGUUCUUGUGCCUGUGGUCUGCACUAAUAUGUGGUAGUUGCAUGCAAUUCACAGCAAGUAUCCCACCGAAAAAUUUUACACGCCUUGCGGUGUACUCUCGUCAUGCAAUAGUAACCAUCUCCAUACCUUUGUGCAUCCAUUCAAAUGCACAGUACUUCAUGAUCAGUAAAUCUUCAUGCAAACACUAUGGAGCACCAAAAUGGCAUGUGCUGGAGGCUGCCAAAACAGAUGGUUCCCUAAAAUGGUUAUUAUUGCGGUGGGACAAAAUCACACCUCAAAAUCUGCAUAGUUUUGUAAAGGAUGAGAAUGUCUGAGGCUAAAACCAACUAAUGUGGUACCCAAGGCCAAGUAGGGGAUCCAGCUGUGAAUGUUGAAAGGCACAGGUAAAGUCAGUAAGCAGUUCACAACGCAAACUGGUGGUUCUGGCUGCAAUUGCUAGCACUACUAUUAGUUCAAAACAUCUUCAAGAAAGUCAAAUGCCUGUGCUUGUGUUCUGCAGGCAUACACAGUAUCGGUUGUGUGCAGUUUGCAGCACACAAGUGAGGAGUCUUGAAGUUAAAGGUACUAAGAACUGUGGUGCCCAAGGCCAGCAGUUAUCACUCGGGGAGAAAAUUGUCGAUGAAGGACCAUAGGUGGCUGGGUGUCAGUGGGAAAUUGUAAGUAUUAGUCAGCUGAUGCUCUUUUCUGUUUAACAGUCACUGAGCGCUAGCUGAGCUGUGCUACUGCUUGUUAAUUGUUGUUAGUUUACCAAUACCAUCAGCUGUUUGCAGCAGAGUGGACAGCACUACCUGCAGAUUUUGGUUUCACAGAUGUAUGUGCCAGCAUGUGUGCAUGUAUGAACGUGUUUGAAGAAAUUGGCCCUUUUCCUCAACCUAGUGCAGCUUUAGGCGCUCAGGAGUGGAAAGAAAAGUAUCAAAAAUAAUAUCUUGCAGUGAACCCUCUUUUAGGUGAACUUUAAAGGGGCCCUGAAGCACUUUUGAAACAUAGUAAAAGAACAUUACCAAUCUAUUAACGAGGCUGCUAUCAACAUGUGAGCCAAAUAUUAUUGCACAGCAUGCAGCAGAAAAUUCACAGCCUCGUGUAAAAAGCAGUGAACAGACGCUUGCUCUUGCAUCCACAAUGUUGUCAUCGAAAGCUGAUUGAAAGCAGUUGGCUGGCCAACGCUAUUGGCUGAUUUCGUGGUCGCGAGAAUGUUCUCAGUUAUACAUAAUUGCUAAUUUUAUGUUAAAUAAAUUAAAAAUAUAUAUGCCUGCAAUCUCAAAAAGACAGAAAAAUCACUUCAUCUUUGCACUGUGCAUAGUGGUGUCUGCUGCUUGUGGCCUCCAAGAUGGCAGCAGUGUGCUGCGUAGCAUAGUUCGUGGUCACCAUGGUGUGCCGUAAUGUGUCCAUACACCUCCACAACACUCAACUAUUGGCCGGCGCUUUGCCCUUUUGGCUUCUAUGUUGCAUAGCUUUUCCAGCACACUAGCAGAGGUGAAAAGAAAGAGAUAGCCAGGUACCUGUGCGAUAACUCCACUUAUAGUUGAAGGAUUUGAAAGAAAUGUUUGUGCCAUGAGAUUCGUGAGACUAUGUACUUUAAUAGCGAGGCCACUCUUUGAUUGGUUAGAGAAUAACUUCAGAGCCCUUUAAGAAACCUUAAAUGACAUAUGUUCAUCAUCCUAUGAAAUUAUGCUGAAUAGAACUGCAGUAGCAUCUGAGGGAGGGUAAGAUUGUCCACAAACUGUACAGCUUAUCAGGAAAUUUAACAUUACAAAGUUCGGCACAAAAGGUGUUUUACGAUGUCAAAGCAGGCUUGUUGUAACUCGUAAGUGUUUUCUACACUGAACAUGAUACACAUACAAGGAAAAGAAGCGGAAUGCCUGUUGUCUAUUUUGGUUUUCCUGUCCAUGUCAUCUGUGCUAUAAGAAAGUGACCAUGAAAAGGGUUCACUGCAUUUGCGUGUGUGUUGCUUUGUGGAAAACAUCCCCAUGUGAAUGUAUCUUCUGACUGAAUGCCCUAGUGAAGUUCCUGAGCGCAUGGCGUGGGUGUAGUUCUUCAGCAUCUUCUAAAAAGGGCCUGUUUUAACAUGCUACCAUGUUAAACAUGUUUUACUACCUACAGUACUGCGGCUGCCUAUGCAAGAUGCCUGACUUCGUGGCACACUAGUAGCCAGUAUGAUUUCCAUAUGCAUUUCACAUCUACUAGAGGUUCUGAUAGCAGAAGGGCAGUAAAGGGGUUAAAAUACCUUUUCACAUGCCACGAAAGUAAACUGCUUAGGCAGCCACAAAAAGCAACCUGUAGACAAAAAGCUUUACUGUAGACUCUCUCAUUUGCGUAGUGCUGUUGAGGACUUUAUCUCAGGCAUGCACCUACUAUCCAUUCCUAGCAUGUUUUUAUUUUACAGUUCUAAAACAUGAAGCAAGCCCAUUUUUAUUCAUAUCUUUCUUUUUUUUUUAUGCGUGUCAAGGCCCAACUCUAUGGAGCACUUCAUUCAACCUGGUAUCACAUCUUUCAGCAUUUCCACACAGCUGAUUGUUAAUCAUUUUUGUAGUUGGUCCUCCCGUAUCACCGUCACUUGAUAAACAGAAAAUGUUUGUGUGCUCCCAUCUUGUUGCAGCUGCCAGUUUAGGUUGGCUAGUGCAUUGCUAUGUGAUUAAAUGCAAGUUCGGCAUAUUCAAAUGAAGGAAGAAUGCUCCACUUAGUUGGCGCCUAGCACUUUCUAAGAAAAUGUACCUGUUAAGUUGCUAGCCAUGCUCAUUUUGUGUUCAUUUGCUCUAACCACGUCUUCUCAUUCUCAUGCCGAUCUGAAGUGUCAGCAUUAACAGAAGAACUAAGGCAUUCCUGGUGAAUUUGUGUAUAUAGGAAGAAGAAAAAGUCUGCAUGAAUAGCAACAUGGAUGGCAUGCUUUCCUUGAUCUGGCAAUGCGGAAUUCUGCUCAUGGAACCAACCGCACAUAUCAAAUGGUUUUUAAGCCUGCAAAAUUAUUGGGCAACUGCGCUCAUAUCAUUUGUAAUAGUAUGAUUUUGGUAGUGGACAUAGUGCGAUUCUGGUGCACAGUGAUUGUCUGCAGCCGUCCUGCACAGUUUCUUCAUGUGAUCAAAUACUGUUUUCGUGUCUCUCCUUUUUUUUUCCUUUUUUUUGACUCUCUGAUCAGCAAGACUGCAAAAGGACAGUUCUCUUUAUGCUUUUGUGGCUUACUUGGGCUCUGUGGUGAAGUUCCACGAGUUGAAUGUGAAGUCUAUACUACGCUCUCACAUGUACUACAUGUGAGGUCCAUUUUAAUGUAAUUGAUGUAGUUACUUGCCAGAGUACUGCUCAUGUUGUUUUAGAUGCAUUUGCAAUGAAAAUUCCAUAUUGAAUGCACUACAGAGGCCUCUGCAUAUAUUUGACUGCAAGCACACUUUGUAGAGCCCAGCUGAUUUCCCUGCUUGCUAUUACUGGGCUUUGAGUAUCUGUUUUUGUACACGAGACGCGUCUUUAGUGGGCAACAAGUGUUAUCAAGAAUUUGCCCUGUUGGAUCCACUUAGCAUCGUUGCUAAUGUGUUUACCUUUCUUUGGUUCACACACUGUAAUAGCUUUCCUCUCUUUUAUGUGGUAUCUUAGCAUUACUGCGGCUUUAAAGUGGUGAAUAUGUGUGGACUGGAGCAUACAUACUGUGAAGGUUUAAAGGCCAACUGCAACAUAAUUUUGCUUUGGCUAAAUUUGUUAUAAAUGAGCACUAAACCAGUGCUUACAAAGCUGCAGAGCUGGGAAUCUUAUAGUUUUUUUUCUUUUUGCCUGCUUGUUUGUUUGUUAGCAGCCUACAGCACCUAAGCAGAUGAUGCAUGCACCUGGCGGUAUCUUUACGAUGCAAAUCCCAGUCCCAGUACGCCUCUUGGGAGAUAUUUCAGCACGUCAUGUGCACCGGACAUUGCCAUAUGUCAUGACGCCUCGAGAACCACAGUGACCGAUCAGAGCACAUGCUAGUCAGAACAUCUCCACAGCGAGAGUGCUCGUCACAGCACCCUGCAGCAGCGUGGCCUUGGAGAUUGCACAGGUGCGCAGUUGCAAUCUCGUAGGUCAUGCUGAUGCACCGUGCAUAAGGUCAUUCAUCACUUCCAGCAAGCUGUAAUGGCGCUUCUUUUAUUUCUUAUUUUUUUCUUCCAGUUUCAUUAUUAAAAAUGGCUGGUUCUGCGAGCUUUUCGCAACUUGCACUCGUAUUUCAAGAGUGAAAUAUUGAAUGGAUGCUUUUCUACAUCUACAUUUCCGUAAACUAGGAUUUUUAUGCGGUCCAAAAUGUUUUUGCAGUUGGCUGUUAACUGUGUCCAGAUGCUGUAGUUUUGGAGCUCUUCAUAAAACUGCAAGUUUGAAUACUGCAAAUGAAGUGCUAUGCAGGCACCCUUUGGUGAUAUACAUACAUUCAAUCAAUUCACAUGAAACUACGUGGAACUGACCACCUGAAGCAGCAUUUACAGCAUGCAACCUGCUGAUCUGAACUGGACAUGGUAGUGCUGUUUAGAAAGAUGAACUGAAUAUGGAUGUAGCAGUGCAGUUCAGGAAGAUGACCAUUGUUCAAGUAGCCCUGUGCAAUUCAUUCCCACCCUCUUAUUUCUUUGUGUGUAGCAGAUACCUUUUUCUGUAUUUUGUUUGUGUUCAUGUGUGUGUGUGAUUGACUGACUGCAAAACAGUACCUUGUUGUAUCAUCACUGGUUUGAUGAGUUUAGUUGCUCUUGUGUUCGUGUGCCAAGGCUGUUUAAAAAAAUUGAUGAGGUGGCCACCUAAGAGGAAGUUUUUAUUCAUUCCUGAAUGUGUUGUUUUAGAGAUGAAAUGUUUUAAUGAGAUUUAUGUAUUGGAAUAAAGAACGUUUUUAAGUCAGA